GAAGUUCAGUGAGAAGCCUGGGAGUUCUUGGCACCAUGAAUCUUAUUCCUCACCUAUCAACAGGGACAUGGAUUCUCCUGGCUGCUCUGUUGGUGCUUAUAUUACUCUAUGGCAUUUGGCCAUAUGGAUACUUUAAGAAAAUGGGAAUUCCUGGACCUACUCCAUUGCCCUUCAUAGGAACUUUUCUGGAAUUUAGAAAAGGCAUGGUACAGUUUGAUACUGAAUGCUUCAAGAAAUAUGGGAAGAUGUGGGGAACGUAUGAUGGGAGACAACCCGUGCUUGCAAUUAUGGACCCUGCUAUAAUUAAAACUAUUCUUGUGAAGGAGUGUUACACAAAUUUCACUAACAGACGGAAUUUUGGCUUGAAUGGCCCAUUUGAGUCUGCCAUCACUAUUGCAGAGGAUGAGCAGUGGAAAAGGAUUCGCAAUGUGCUUUCACCUACAUUCACCAGUGGAAAACUAAAAGAGAUGUUCCAGAUAAUGAAAGAUUACUCCGAUAUCCUUGUGAAAAACAUCCAGGGUUAUGUGGAGAAAGAUGAGCCAUGUGCAACAAAGGAUGUGAUUGGAGCAUACAGCAUGGAUGUUAUCACUAGCACUUCAUUCAGUGUGAAUAUUGACUCUCUUAACAAACCUUCAGAUCCUUUUGUUAUUCAUAUGAAGAAGCUGCUGAAAACUGGCUUGCUGAGCCCAUUACUCAUCUUAGUGGUGAUUUUCCCAUUCCUUAGGCCCAUUCUUGAGGGCCUGAAUUUAAACUUUGUUCCAAAAGAUUUCACUGAGUUUUUUAUGAAUGCUGUCACAAGCUUUCGGGAGAAGAGAAAAAAAGGAGAUCACUCGGGACGUGUGGAUUUACUUCAACUUAUGAUGGAUUCUAGGACAACAGGAGGAAAUGAUUUAAGCAAUAAGCAUAAAGCUCUGACAGAUGCAGAAAUAAUGGCUCAGUCCGUUAUAUUUAUAGUCGCUGGAUAUGAAACCACAAGUACAGCACUGUCUUACCUGUUUUAUAAUCUUGCCACCCACCCUGACGUCCAGCAGAGACUGCAUGAGGAGAUAGAUUCAUUUCUCCCUGACAAGGCCAGUCCUACUUAUGACAUUCUAAUGCAGAUGGAAUAUCUUGAUAUGGUUAUUCAGGAGACCCUUAGGUUGUUUCCCCCUGCGGGACGACUAGAAAGAGUCUCAAAGCAGAAUGUUGAAAUUAAUGGUGUUAGCAUCCCCAAGGGGAUAGUCACAUUGAUCCCAGCAUAUGUGCUACAACGGGACCCUGAAUAUUGGCCAGAGCCAGAAGAGUUCCGCCCUGAAAGGUUCAGUAAAGAAAAUAGGGCAACCCACACUCCAUUUACCUUUCUGCCCUUUGGAGAUGGUCCCAGGAAUUGCAUUGGAUUGAGAUUUGCUCUCCUGAGCAUGAAAGUGGCCAUCGUCACCCUGUUACAGAACUUCAGUGUCCGGCCUUGUGCAGAAACUCUGAUUCCCAUGGAGUUCAGCACCAUAGGCUUUUUACAGCCAAAGAAACCAAUUGUUUUAAAAUUUCUCUCUCGGGCAGCAGCUCAUGAGUAACAAAACAGAAUACAGCUUAUUUACAUCAGAGAUUCUUUGGAUGCAUAUGUUCCUUUACAGACUUUAUUAAACAUACCAAUAAAUACAAUUACAUUUCACUAAA